GGACCCCUGGCGGACGGCGCGUGGACAUGGCCAGCGAUGCUUUGCAGAGCGAGCCACGCAGCUGGUCCCUGCUGGAGCAGCUGGGCCUGGCGGGUGCCGACCUGGCAGCCCCCGGGGUGCAGCAGCAGCUGGAGCUGGAACGGGAGCGGCUGCGGCGGGAGAUCCGCAAGGAGCUGAAGCUGAAGGAGGGCGCCGAGAACCUGCGGCGGGCCACCACCGACCUGGGCCGCAACCUCGGCCCCGUGGAGCUGGUGCUGCGUGGCUCCUCGCGCAGACUCGACCUGCUGCACCAGCAGCUGCAGGAGCUGCACGCCCAUGUGGUGCUGCCCGACCCCGCGGCUGGCGUGCACGAUGCCCCCCAGUCCCCCUGUGCAGGCGGCCCAGCCUGCUCAGCCACCAACCUGAGUCGCAUGGCCGGCCUGGAGAAGCAGCUGGCCAUCGAGCUGAAGGUGAAGCAAGGGGCGGAAAACAUGAUCCAGACGUACAGCAAUGGCAGCACUAAGGACCGGAAGCUGCUGCUGACGGCCCAGCAGAUGCUGCAGGACAGUAAGACCAAGAUUGACAUCAUCCGCAUGCAGCUCCGCCGGGCGCUGCAGGCCUGCCAGCUGGAGAGCCAGGCGGCCGCAGACGAGGCCCAAGGGAGUCCGGACCUGGGGGCCAUGGAGCUGCGCAUCGAGGAGCUGAGGCACCACUUCCGAGUCGAGCACGCGGUGGCAGAGGGCGCCAAGAACGUGCUGCGCCUGCUCAGCGCUGCCAAAGCCCCAGACCGCAAGGCUGUCAGCGAGGCGCAGGAGAAGCUGACCGAGUCCAACCAGAAGCUGGGGUUGCUUCGGGAGGCGCUGGAGCGGCGGCUUGGGGAGCUGCCCCCUGAUCACCCGAAGGGGCGGCUGCUGCGCGAGGAGCUUGCUGCGGCCUCGUCCUCAGCCUUCAGUGCCCGCCUGGCCGGGCCCUUCCCCGCCAUGCAUUAUAGCACCCUGUGCAAGCCCGCGCCGCUCACAGGGACCCUGGAGGUGCGUGUAGUGGGCUGCAGAGACCUUCCAGAGACCAUGCCUUGGAACCCCUCACCUUCAGUGGGGGUGCCUGGGACCCCUGAGAGCCGCACCCCCUUCCUGAGCCGCCCAGCCCGGGGCCUUUACAGCCGAAGUGGAAGCCUCAGUGGCCGGAGCAGUCUCAAAGCGGAAUCCGAGAACACCAGUGAGGUGAGCACUGUGCUCAAGCUGGAUAACACAGUGGUGGGGCAGACGUCCUGGAAGCCGUGUGGUCCCAACGCCUGGGACCAGAGCUUCACCCUGGAGCUGGAGAGGGCACGGGAGCUGGAGUUGGCUGUGUUCUGGCGGGACCAGCGGGGCCUGUGUGCCCUCAAAUUCCUGAAGUUGGAGGACUUCUUGGACAACGAGAGGCAUGAAGUGCAGCUGGACAUGGAACCUCAGGGCUGCCUGGUGGCUGAGGUCACCUUCCGCAACCCUGUCAUUGAGAGGAUCCCGCGGCUCCGACGGCAGAGGAAGAUCUUCUCCAAGCAGCAAGGGAAGGCAUUUCAGCGCGCUAGGCAGAUGAACAUCGACGUCGCCACCUGGGUGCGCCUGCUUCGCAGGCUCAUCCCCAAUGCCACUGCCACAGGCACCUUCAGCCCUGGGGCUUCUGCAGGACCCGAGGCUCGGUCCACAGGUGACGUAUCUGUGGAGAAGCUGAACCUCGGGGUUGACUUGGACGGCUCACCCCCGAAGAGCCCUCUGGGUCCUCCUUCCAGCCCAUCAAGUCUGACUUCUCUGAUCCAGGAAACUACCACCACUCCUGAGCUGCCUUCAGAGACCCAGGAGAUCCCAGGCCCCACCCUGUGCAGCCCUCUGAGGAAGUCACCCCUGACCCUCGAGGAUUUCCAGUUCCUGGCGGUGCUGGGCCGGGGUCACUUUGGGAAGGUGCUGCUCUCCGAAUUCCGGCCCAGUGGGGAGCUGUUUGCCAUCAAGGCUUUGAAGAAAGGGGACAUUGUGGCCCGAGACGAGGUGGAGAGCCUGAUGUGUGAGAAGCGGAUCUUGGCGGCUGUGACCAGCGCGGGACACCCCUUUCUGGUGAACCUGUUUGGCUGUUUCCAGACAGCAGAGCACGUGUGCUUCGUGAUGGAGUACUCGGCCGGCGGGGACCUGAUGCUGCACAUCCACAGUGAUGUGUUCUCGGAGCCCCGUGCUGUCUUUUAUUCGGCCUGUGUGGUGCUGGGGCUGCAGUUUCUCCAUGAACACAAGAUUGUCUACAGGGACCUGAAGUUGGACAAUUUGCUCCUGGACACCGAGGGCUAUGUCAAGAUUGCAGACUUUGGCCUCUGCAAGGAGGGGAUGGGCUAUGGAGACCGGACCAGCACUUUCUGCGGGACCCCGGAGUUCCUGGCACCUGAGGUGCUGACAGACACAUCGUACACUCGGGCGGUGGACUGGUGGGGGCUGGGCGUGCUGCUGUAUGAGAUGCUGGUUGGUGAGUCUCCGUUCCCAGGGGACGACGAGGAGGAGGUAUUCGACAGCAUCGUCAACGAUGAGGUUCGGUACCCCCGCUUCCUGUCAGCUGAAGCCAUCGGCAUCAUGCGCAGGCUGCUGCGGAGGAAUCCAGAGCGGAGGCUGGGAUCCAGCGAGAGGGAUGCAGAGGAUGUGAAAAAACAGCCUUUCUUCAGGACACUGGGCUGGGAUGCCCUGCUGGCCCGGCGCCUGCCGCCGCCUUUCGUACCCACGCUGGCUGGCCGCACUGAUGUCAGCAACUUUGACGAGGAAUUCACAGGGGAGGCCCCCACGCUGAGCCCACCCCGCGACGCUCGGCCCCUCACGGCCACAGAGCAGGCAGCCUUCCGGGACUUCGACUUUGUGGCCGGGGGCUGCUAGCCCCUCCCCCACUUCUGCCCCCACCGAGCUGUCAGUUUUUAAAAAGGCCUUUGGGAUUUGC